GGUGUAGAGAAGCUGAUCAGUACCUGUGUGUGCGACUUACCUACUGCUCGCUGAUGAGAUGAAUCGCGAUCUGUGAAGUUCGGAAUGUUGCGCUGCCCGAGCCACAUAUCCUUACAGAAAGAUGAACCAGCUGUGCAAGGUCUGCGGAGAGCCAGCGGCCGGAUUCCACUUUGGAGCUUUUACCUGCGAGGGAUGCAAGUCCUUCUUCGGUCGAACGUACAACAAUAUCAGCUCAAUAUCGGAAUGCAAAAACAACGGCGAAUGUGUGAUCAACAAAAAAAAUCGGACAGCUUGCAAAGCAUGCCGCUUAAGAAAGUGCCUUUUGGUCGGUAUGUCGAAAAGUGGGUCUCGUUACGGCCGCCGCUCCAACUGGUUCAAGAUCCACUGCCUCCUGCAGGAGCAGCAGCAGGCCGGCGCCAACAUGGCGGCGGCGGCUAACCUCCUGCGCCCGCACCCCUACCUGUCGCCGCUCUUCCACAGCGCCGCCCCCAGGACGGUCUCCCGCGAGACCAAGAGCUCGGAGUCGGACAGCGGCGCCUCCUCGGCCGACCCCGACGACGAGCUGCGCUCCUCCAGCGCCUUCAGCUACAUCAAGCCCUCCAGCGAGCGCGACUACUUCUCCGUGAAAAAACUGCCGUCUCCGGCGAGUGAUAGUGAGUGCUUCGAUAGACGGAAAUUUAUUAGUGCAUUAGUCAACGCUCCUUCCGUGUCUCCGGCCUCUCUGCCCUCGAUCUCCCCCAGCGGCGGCUUCCUGCCCAAGUGGCUGCCGCCGCUGCAGGGCUUCAGCGACCCCUCGGCCUGGCGGGACCUCUGGGCCCGGGGGCCCGUCACCACCGCCGCCGCCGCCCCCGACCAGGUCGAGCCCAUCGACCUCUCGCUCAAGAGCGCGCCCAAGGGGACGGCGCUGCCGGCCCCGGAUAGUGAUCAGGAACUCUGUAUAGACGUUGGUGUCGAUGAGCCACUCAAACCUGUGCCUUUAGACUUGACUUUAGAUAGGCAAACUACUGAUGUCUCUAACUGA